UUGCACUGCAGUGUUCCUCAUUUAGCAGCUGCCCCAGAGCCCUGCAGAGAAACUGGAGGAAGAUUCUCAGUGAGCUUGGACGAUGGCAGUGAUGGGUCACCGUGGAGCAGUGUGGUUUCUUCCCCUCCUCCUCUUUUUCUUGCAGACGGUGCAGACAGUCCUAUCAGACACGUGCAAGGUCAACAAUGGGAACUGUGGACAGUUCUGCAAAGAUGAGGAUGAAGGAGUAGUAUGUUCCUGUGUUGCUGGCUAUGCUCUGGGUGAUGACAACAAAACCUGCAUUCCUGUAGUCAAGUUCCCAUGUGGUAAACUUCAGAGGAAGCAUGAAGUGGGUCGAGAAAGGGUUACAGCAAGUCCAGAUGCUCGUCUUAAAAAUGAGGAAGCCACUGAGGCCCCAAGCUACCAGCCUGAGGUAACAGAGGAGGCCAGCAGUUUACCCAGCACGUGUCCAUGGCAGGCUGUUCUGGUUGGGAAGCAUGGUAGCUGGUUCUGUGGGGGGACAAUCCUGAAUGAGUAUUUUAUACUUACUGCAGCUCAUUGCGUUACUGAUUCUAAGGAAUUACAGGUUAUCGUUGGGAUGGUGGACAGAGAAGAGGAAGAGCUGAGUACUGCGACGCACAGAGUGGAAGAAAUAAUCCCGAAUGCUCAAUUUGAUUCGAAGUCUUUUGACAGCGACAUAGCCCUUAUCAAAUUAAGCGAACCUAUCACAUUUUCUGAGGAUGUUAUCCCAGCAUGCCUUCCAGAAGAAGACUUUGCUAAUGAUGUUCUGAUGAACCAAACAUUCGGAAUUAUCAGUGGCUUUGGGAACAUCUUUGAACGUGCGCGGCCAGUCAAAAGAAUGAAAGUGCUUCAGGUCCCUUAUGUGGACAGGGAAACUUGCAGGCAUGCCCUUAAACAUCUAGUCACAAGAAACAUGUUCUGUGCAGGUUAUAAUAAAGAUGGACAAGAUGCUUGCCAAGGAGAUGGAGGAGGCCCCCAUGUAACCGAAUACAAGGGCACUUACUUCGUUACUGGUAUUAUCAGCUGGGGAGAAGGGUGUGGAAAAGAAGGAAAAUAUGGAAUAUACACAAAAUUGUCAAGUUUCUUACCAUGGGUGAGAAGUGUUUUGACACAAAACCCUUAGCAGCUUGACGUUUAAUCAACCUAAUUGUCUUAGCCGUCAGAUCUGAUCCCUAAAUAAUACUUUUCUGUUUGUAAAAUGCCUGCUAAAGUUCUGAGAGUUAGCACUUCCAUUAAGAGAUAUCAUCAGUUCCUUCAUGAGCUCAUGCCUGGUUUCCAGAAGGUGUGCUUGGACUUUGAACAGAGCUUGCUGGUUUUGGACAAUAAUGGAAUGUCUUCAAAUGCAAUGUUUUAGGAGACCUUUUUGCUCUUACUGACGUUGUCUGAAUUUGUCUAAGAGGCUUUGGCUGUGCUGAUAAACCUUCUAUUGAAAAGUUGCAACUAACUCAACUUUCCUGUGGCAGUACCUGCUUUAUAGAAAUAAACCUAGACAAGGAUACCAUCAAAGCAGGACACUACAAGAGCAGGCCAGCAUUUCUAAAGCCUCUGGAAAAA